AUGGUUAUGAAAAUGGCUCCCCAGAAUGCUGACUCGGAAUCUAUGCAAGUUCAAGAUCUACCUGUGGCACAGCUUCAGAAACCAGACACCAAGGAGAAUGAAAGUAGGGAGGAGACCAUUAGUGAAGGAUCCAUAGACCGGAUACCGAUACGCCUGUGGGUGAUGCAUGGUGCAGUAAUGUUUGGUAGGGAAUUUUGUUAUGCCAUGGAGACAGCUUUGGUAACACCUGUGUUGUUACAAAUUGGUCUUCCUGAACAAUACUACAGCCUCACUUGGUUCCUCAGCCCUAUCCUGGGCCUGAUCUUCACUCCGCUUAUCGGUUCGGCCAGUGACCGCUGCACGCUGAGCUGGGGCCGCCGGCGGCCUUUUAUCCUCGCUCUCUGCAUUGGCGUCCUCUUUGGAGUUGCACUUUUCCUUAAUGGUUCUGUCAUAGGUCUGGCUAUCGGCGAUGUCCCGGACAAGCAGCCCAUCGGUAUUGUUCUCACGGUCCUCGGUGUCGUGGUGUUGGACUUUUGCGCUGAUGCGACGGAAGGGCCAAUUCGAGCCUACUUGUUGGAUGUGGUGGAUAGCGAAGAACAAGACAUGGCCCUUAACAUCCACGCGUUUUCAGCUGGUCUCGGAGGAGCAAUCGGUUAUAUGUUGGGAGGGCUGGACUGGACACAAACCUUCUUGGGUGGUAUUUUUAAAUCUCAAGAGCAAGUCCUUUUCUUCUUCGCAGCCAUUAUUUUCUCCGUCUCCGUUGCUCUCCAUCUUUUUAGCAUUGAAGAAGAGCAAUAUAACCCUCAGCAGGACAGGAUUGAUGACGAAGGAGACACACUUUCCAGUGUCAAAUUCAGUGGGAGUCUCCCCCCUCUGAAUCGACUGAAUGUAAUUAGUGAGGAAGAGCCGUAUGGAGCCUCGAUGUUCCAUGACGAGGUUCAGUCGGAGCAUGACCUCAAUAUGGAGUUCCUUGAGGUGAACAUUGUAAGAAGCAAGAGCGACUCGGUUCUGCACAUGCCCGAUGCCACACUGGAAAUCGAAUCGGAGCUGCUUUUUCUGCACGACAUCGAACCCUCCAUUUUUCAGGACGCUUCGUAUCCAAACACUCCCCACAACACGAGCCAAGAGAUCGUGAAGUCCAAACUCAACCACCUGUCUGCUUUCCUCAGGGACAAUGAGAAAGAGGAGGAAAUGCUGCUUGAUAAUCGCUUAAACGAAGAUAAAGUCCCAAAUGUGAACGGCUCGCUACCAAAAGAGUUCCUCAACGGGCACGCUAGAAUAGGCAUGAAGCAAUCCAGUACUUCCAAUUCCAUGCGAAGGCGGAGGCACAUGUUCUACCGUCAGCCGUCGUACACCUUCUCCUACUACGGCAAAAUCGGCUCUCACCGCUAUCGCUUCCGUCGGGCCAAUGCCAUCGUCUUGAUAAAGUCCUCGCGCAGCAUGAACGACAUCUACGACAUGCAGAAGCGGCAGCGGCAGAGGUACAGGCACAGGAACCAGAGCGGCGCGACAAAUUCGAGCGGAGACACGGAGAGCGAAGAGGGCGAGACCGAAACCACCGUCAGGCUCUUGUGGUUGUCGAUGCUAAAGAUGCCAAAGGAGCUGCUGAGACUGUGCGUGUGUCACCUCUUAACUUGGUUUUCCAUCAUCGCCGAAGCGGUGUUCUACACGGAUUUCAUGGGACAGGUCAUCUUUCAGGGCGAUCCCAAGGCCCCUUCUAACUCGACAGAGUUACACGCCUACAACGCCGGAGUUCAGAUGGGCUGCUGGGGACUGGUAAUUUAUGCUGCUACUGCUGCCGUUUGUUCAGCCUUGUUGCAGAAAUACUUGGACAACUAUGACCUUAGUAUCAAAGUGAUCUACAUCCUGGGCACGCUGGGCUUUUCUCUUGGCACUGCGGUGAUGGCGAUGUUCCCCAACGUCUACGUCACCAUGAUAAUGAUCAGCACCAUGGGAAUAGUCUCGAUGAGUAUCUCUUACUGCCCCUACGCACUUUUGGGACAAUACCAUGAUAUUAAACAGUACAUCCACCACAGCCCGGGGAACUCCAAGCGCGGAUUUGGCAUCGACUGCGCGAUUCUGUCGUGCCAGGUUUACAUCUCCCAGAUCCUCGUGGCCUCGGCGCUUGGUGGAGUAGUGGAUGCGGUUGGCACGGUCCGAGUCAUUCCCAUGGUGGCUUCCGUGGGGUCCUUCCUGGGUUUUUUGACAGCUGCCUUCUUGGUGAUUUACCCCGAAGUCAACGAAGAGCCAAAGGAAGAACAGAAGGGACUGGGUCCUCCAGAGGCCACCGAGGGCAACGGCUCCAGGGCGCCCGUGCUGAAGCUCACACGCAAAGGAGCUGCCGCGUCGUCGGAGCUGGAAGGCGAGUCAGCCGUGUGA